AUGUGGCAGACCAGGUUCAUCUACAAUGAAAAGAUCAAUGACCUCCUGGAUAAGAGCAAUCAGGAUAUCAAAGGAAAUGUGCUGCUUGAUGCAAGGGAAGCUGUCGUAGACAAUGUUGAUAAAGUUAUGGAGAACAUGAUGCAGGGCAAUAAGAUCAGACGAGUUGCAGCUACUCGCAUGAAUGAGAGGUCAUCUCGAUCACACACGAUUUUCCGGAUUAUUCUGGAGUCGAAAGAUGCCAAUCAGAAAGAUGGACCUGUACAUAUAAGCUACCUUAACUUAAUGGACUUAGCUGGUUCUGAGAGAGUUUCUCUGACGAAAGCUGCUGGUGAGCGUCUUAAAGAGGGGGCUAACAUAAACAAAUCUUUGUCAGUAUUAGGAAAUGUGAUAAGGCAACUAAGCGAGGGGAAGGAGUUUAUCAGUUAUCGCGAUUCGAAAUUGACUAGACUGCUCUCACAGGCUCUUGGCGGUAAUGCCAAAUCAUUGAUUAUCGGGAAUGUUACUUUAGCUGCAGAGGAGGAGACUAGAUCUACACCAGAAUUCGCCCAAAGCACUAAAACUGUCAAAAAUAAAACGAAAGUAAACAUCUUGUCAGCUACAGAAGAGACACUUCAAGGAUAUCAGAACUUGACUCGCGAUCUCGAAACUCGGCUCAAAAAGCAGGCAAUUAAGCUAAAAGAGAUGGAUAAAAGCAAACAAGAGUAUCUGCUCGAGAUAGAAAGACUAAAAACGGAAGUAUCUAUUGUCGGGCGCUUUCAAAUGGGAGCCUCGGCAUCAACACCGAAAAAACAUUAA